GAAUCACGUGGUGUCCCAAAGGUUUCCGUGUUGACAGAGAUGUGCUCGGUGUCAGAGGAGGAUGGUGCUCGGUCAUGGCCUUUUUAAAGAGCAGAGAGCGGACCAAAGAGAGGUUUUCUCUCCUGUUGUUGGACCUGGAGGAGUAUUACUUUGAGCAGCACACCGCCUACUUUGUGAUCACCUGUUCAAAGAAGGACAGAAAAGUGCGAGGCUCGUUGAAAGUGUGUUCCAGAUCGAUCAUCUUUGAUCCCGAUGGCCUCACUGAACCGAUCAUAAAGAUUCCUCUCAGAGACUGUCAGCGAAUCCAGUUUGAGGAGAGAGAGAGCAACCCGUUCAACGAUCCUCGGCCGUCCUCCAUCUUUAUCUCCUGUGUGCAGUUGAUUUUCAUCAAAGAGAGUAACGUGAUCGCUCCGUACAGAAAUGAGAGGGGAGAGAAGCGGGUCUGUUUUCAGCUGGAGGAGUGCAGUAAGACCGAGGACGUGGUCCAAACCUUACUGCAGCUCCACAGAGCGUCCUGUCUGGACAAACUGGGAGACCAGACCGCCAUGAUCGCUGCUAAUCUGCAGUCGCGCCUGGCGAGGUCCUCCUUUGAUAAAAACUGUUUUCAGAGUGUGGCAGAGAAACCUCACAUGGAGUGUGCCGUGGAAAGAGUCACUCCUCUGGUCUCCAACCCGGGUCACAUCUGCAUCACGGACCAGAACCUUUACUUCCAACCGCUCAAUGGAUACCCGGAACAAGUGAUUCAAAUCAAACUGCACGGAGUGAAAAGAAUCUACAAACGACGACACGGACUCAGACCUCUGGGUCUGGAAGUUUUCUGCUCUGAGAACGAUUUCUGCUCCGACAUCUACCUGAAGUGUUACAACACGGCCGACAGAGACGAGAUCUACUACUACAUCGCCACCUUCCUGGAGAACCAUGUGACGGAGCACACCGCAGAGAGCUACAUGCUGCAGUGGCAGCGAGGUCACCUGAGUAACUACGAGUACCUACUACACCUGAACAACCUUGCUGACCGCAGCUGCAACGACCUCUCCCAGUACCCCGUCUUCCCCUGGGUCCUCGAAGACUACAGCAGCAAACAGCUCGACCUGACGAAGCCGGCCACGUUCAGAGACCUGAGCAGACCGGUGGGAGCGCUGAACCAGGAGAGGCUGGACAGACUGCUGUCUCGGUACAGAGGGAUGCCCGACCCCCCCUUCAUGUACGGCAGUCACUACUCGUCUCCAGGAUAUGUCCUGUUUUACCUGGUCAGAAUCGCUCCUGAACACAUGCUGUGUGUGCAGAACGGACGCUACGACCACGCAGACCGCAUGUUCAACAGUUUGGGUGAAACCUGGAAGAACUGCUUAGAGGGCGCCACCGACUUCAAAGAGCUGAUCCCCGAGUUUUAUGGGAGCGACUCGAGCUUCCUGGAGAACAAGCUGAGUCUGGAUCUGGGUCGGAGACAGAACGGGAGCUCAGUCGGUGACGUGGUUCUCCCUCUGUGGGCCUCUGACGCCGCUGACUUCCUGCAGAAACACCGUACGGCUCUGGAGAGUCACUUUGUGUCUGAACAUCUUCACGAGUGGAUCGACCUGGUGUUUGGCUUCAAGCAAAGAGGGAGCGAGGCGGUGGCUGCUCAUAACGUGUUUCACCCGCUGACGUACGAGGGAGGCAUCGACUGUGACAGCAUCCAGGACCCGGACCAGCGGAUCGCCAUGCUGACUCAGAUCCUAGAGUUCGGUCAGACCCCCAAACAGCUAUUCACCUCCCCCCACCCUCAGAGGAUCACCGCCCGUCUCCACAACAUCACACACAGCCCGAGCUCCACCUCACCGCUCAGCGAGCUAUCUCUAGCGUCUCACAGCGAGGACUCGUCCUUCGAGGAUCUGACCGAGGAGAGCAGGAAGCUGGUCUGGUCCAACAUGGGGAACCUGAAACUGGUCAGCAGCCAGAAGAUCCACAAAGAGGCUGUGACGGGUAUCGCUGUGAGUCGAGAUGGAUCAUCCAUUUUCUCCACUUCACAAGACUCCACUCUGAAAAUGUUCUCCAGGGAGCUGACAGACUUUCAGAGGAGCGUCUCCUUCUCUAACAUGGCUCUGUCGUCGUGCUUGCUGCUGGCUGAUGGUCAAACGGUCGUCUGUUCGUCCUGGGACAACAACGUGUAUUUCUACUCGGUCCCGUUCGGACGCAGACAGGACACUCUGAUGGGUCACGAUGACGCCGUCAGUCGGGUGUGCUGGUUUGAUGAGCGGCUCUACACGGCGUCCUGGGACUCCACGGUGAAGGUGUGGCGGUGUCCUGCUGACAGCUCGUCCAAUCACAGGAGAUCUCAGUUUGACUUGUUGUCAGAGCUGGAGCACGAUGCCGGGGUGAACACCAUCUCUCUGAGUGCAACGGGGACCCUGCUGGUCUCUGGCUGUAAAGAUGGGACCGUCUCCAUCUGGGACAUGAGCAGCUUCAGCGCCCUGCAGCAGGUCCACUGUCACUCAGGAAACAUCCACCACACGGCCUUCAGUCCAGACAGCCGCCAUGUGCUGAGCGUCGGAGCAGACUGCUGCAUGAAGGUGGUGGACGUGCAGACGGGGAUGGUGAUCUCUUCAGUGAAGGCCGACGAGGAGCAGAGGUGUUUCUGCUGGGACGGCAGCUGGGUGCUGGCAGGAGGUCAGUCUGGAGAUCUGCUGCUGUGGGAUCUGAUCAGUAACACCGUCACCAAGAGGAUCCCGGCUCACUCAGGCGCCGUGACGACCAUGUGGAUGAAUGAGCUGUGCAGCUCAGUGAUCACAGGAGGAGACGACAGACAGACCAAGUUCUGGAAGAUCUGCAGCUAGAGGACAAGAGAGAGACUCCCAGUCACAUAUACUGGGUCCUACUGGGCAGGUUUCCUGUUGUUCAGGUCACUGCAGAGUGAGGACUCUCUGCUGUUACAUGAAGGUCUCGUUCAGUCCGUCAGGGUCAGACAGAUGAAGUCCAGGAGCAGUUUCGAUCUGGACCCUUGGACAGUGUUCAGACUUUAUUUCUCUGUUUGCAGCUUCAUCAUGAAUUCAUGUUACACUGCUCUUUUAAUUAGCCAUCAUGUUAUAAAGCGUUUUGUGUCUUUUAUUAUCAGCACUCAAUAA